GCAAAGUCUGUUGAAUACAUUUAAAAAUAUAAAACCUUUGCUAUGCUACCGGAAUGCUAUCAAUCGUUGGUUGGUGCUCAACUGGAAGGGGUCUUCCGAUAAGGUGCAAAAAGCAACAUGUCUAAGAUUGCAACAUUGUUUCUGGUGCUAGCCGUAGUCGCUGGUGCGCUGGCCUACCAGGGUCAACGUAACGGCGAAUCAUCAGGCCAGGGUCAGGGAAGAGAAGGAGGAGCAGCUGGCGAAUUGGAACGUCGAAGGGAAGAACAGCGCCGUGGUUGGGACGCAUGGAGGGCCGAACGUCAGCGUGCAUUGGACGCUGCCUGGGGAGAGGGUCGUGAGGCAAACCAGGAAGGAGGUGAAGGAUCACAGGAAGGUCGGGAAGGUCAGGAGCAGCAAAACGAAGAAGGUGGCGAAGGAGAAACAGAAGUGGAAGGGGAUAAUGAGGAAGGGGAUGGGGAAGGUGGUGAUCAAGAAAAUGGAAACGAAGAAGGCAAUGAAGAGGAAGCCGAACGUGAAGGUGAAGGUGGAAAUGGAGAAGAAGGCGAAGGCGAUGGGGAAGAGGGACGGGCUGGGGGUUGGACCGUGUGGAAUGAAAGGCGGAACCAACAAAAUCGUGGUAGACUAGCUGGUCAAAGAUCUCGUCAGGAAGGUGGUGAACGAAAUGAACAAGCAAAUGGUCAAGAGGGUCGCCGAGGACAACAGCAAGGUCGUCGAAAUGGAAAUAAUCAAGAUGGACAAAGGAAUCGUCAAGGAGGUCGACAGGAGCAAAACCAGGGUGGACGGCAAAAUGGCGGAGAUGGUGAACAAAAUUCAUCGCAAAGAGGUGGCCGUCAACAAGGUGGCCAAAACGGACGGCAAGAAAAUCGGCAAGCUGGACGUCAAGGAAAUAAUGCCGAGGGCCAACAGGGAAAUCGCCAGAAUGAACGACAGGGUGGUCGUCAGCAGAGCCAAGCUGGAGAGCAACAAAGCCGCCAAAAUGGACGUCAGGAGAAUAACAAAAAAGCAAAGAAAGGAAGUAAAUCAGAGCAACAAAGUGCAAAUCAAGGACGUCAAGAAGGUCGCCAACAGGAGCAAAACCGUCAGAAUGGACGAAAUGAAAACCGCCAGGGGGCUAGCCAGGGGAACUCACAGGAAGGACAGCAAAGAAACCGUCAAAAUGGACGAGAGGGUGGCCGUCAGAAUGAAGGGCAGGCAAGGAAUCAAGAGGGACAGCAACGAGAUCGUCAAAAUGGUCGACAGGGAGGUAACCAGGAACGGCAAAGAGGUCGACAGGAUCAGGAAGGUCGUCGUGAGAACGAAAACAAAGUAGCCCACAGUUAUUCUAAACUAAAAAAGUUCAACUAA